ACUUUCGUGUUUUCAUUCAAAACGAGAUUCGAGAGCGAAUGGAGCCGAGAGAUAUACGAAGCUCGGUUGCUCCGCAGCAAAGGAACUGAAACAGAGGACGCAGCGAUCACGAUUUGUGAAUCGCGAAGCUUCGGUCAAUCAAUCCCCUCGAGACAAGAAUUUUGAGGAGCAGAAGAAACGUAAAAGACUAUAUAGAGGAACGGAUGGAAGGAUUUUACAUGAAGAACUAUUCGAAGGUAACUGGGGACGGCAGCGUUUCCUCGAUCAAUCUACCGAACGAUCACCAAUUACUACUCAACAGACCUCGCUAUGGAUCAACGUCGUUCGCGAGCUCUCCAUUUGAUUCUCGAACUCCCGAUCCUCUCGAGAUGGAAUCUGCACUGAUGCAUUACCCCCUCACCGCAGCAGCUGCAGCUACCGUCGUUCCAUCUCCUAUCGACGCAUUCUCAUCUCCUGUCAUUGAUUCCAGCAAGUUCCAUCCGCGACUAAUGCAAAAGUACCACCAUAGCUCCAACUUCUCCUCUCGUAGCUCUUCGCCAUCUCCUCUUCCUCUGUCGAUAAUAGACAACCUGGAGACCCCACCAUCGAGGUCGCCGCCCUUGUUCACUACACCGGUGAAAGUCGAAGAGGACGUACUGGUGAUGGAUGGGAUUCUUGUUGGAUCGGUACCGGGUGGACGUUCAAGGUCGAGUUCAGAUUCCGGCUCCUUGUCUCCGGGAAACAACCUCUAUAAGACGGAGAUUUGCCGGUCAUGGGAAGAAACGGGGAGUUGUCGCUACGGCACCAAAUGCCAGUUUGCUCAUGGAAAAGAGGAAUUGCGUCCUGGCCGUUACAUUAACAAGAACAGCAAGUCCGAACUGUGCAAAUCUUGGAGCACAGGGACAAGCACACAUAGCACGAAAAGCCGCCUCCCUCGCCAUGUCACGGCAUCGGUAGCGUCUGCGUCACCACCACAGGGGAUGAAGAAAUCAACGAUGAAAUUCAAACAGGAGGAACGCUCAGCUGCUGUAGACUGGUCACCAGCGGAUGAUGGCAUCAAGAUUCGACUCCCGUCUUCCACUGAGGAACCUGCGGAUAGGGAAACAGUUGACUCGUACAUCCGUGGUGUUCUGCAUGGCUCUUCUCGGAGGAGAAGACUGCCCGUGUUUGCUGAAAUAUGCCCAGAGUAGACAUCCUUAGCAUCCCAUUAACGGUUUUCUUUUUCUACUUCCACCCGUUGGAUUAGGGUAAGUAGUACCCUGUGAAAAAAAUAGGAAACAAUACCAACAUUUGAACCUUCUGGAUUUUACAGUGGUUGCUGUUUUUUGAAACUUUCAGCAACCGACAGCUCAAUUUGUCAUUACACCGGGUGAAGAAUUUUUCCUUCUCACAGAUUAGCAAGAAAGAAUAGUUUAAGAAUAGUU